AGUUAAUAUUCUCGAGCUAGGUCUUGACCGUAGUAGGGAAAUGUUGCGUCAUUGCACAGCAGCUUUUACACGCACAGGGGCUUCAUGUGGGUGUUGGAGCAACUUUAGGAAACAAAGUAUCCACAAAGUAUCACACACUCGUGUACCUGUUGUCGCUUGGUUUAAUAUUUUGGAGAAAGCUUUAAACAUCUAAAGAUAUCAAGAAACGCUCCGGAAACUGUACUGAUUACAGAAGAUCUCACAUACUGUCCUCGUUCAGCUCUCAGUAUGUCCGAUGGGGACUAUGAUUACCUCAUUAAGUUUCUCGCACUGGGGGACUCUGGGGUGGGAAAGACGAGCUUCCUGUAUCAGUACACAGAUGGCAAAUUCAACUCCAAAUUCAUCACCACAGUGGGAAUAGACUUUCGGGAAAAACGAGUGGUGUACAAAUCCAGUGGUCCUGAUGGCACAGCUGGCAGAGGGCAGAGAAUUCACAUUCAGCUGUGGGACACGGCUGGACAGGAGAGAUUUCGGAGUUUGACCACAGCGUUCUUCAGGGAUGCCAUGGGCUUCCUGCUGCUCUUUGACCUCACUAACGAGCAGAGCUUUCUCAAUGUUCGGAACUGGAUGAGUCAGCUGCAGACGCAUGCGUACUGCGAGAAUCCUGACAUCGUUUUAUGCGGAAAUAAAUCGGACCUGGAGGACCAGCGUGCUGUGAAAUCUGAGAAUGUACGAGAGCUCGCAGAGAAAUACGGUAUCCCGUACUUUGAGACGAGCGCUGCGAAUGGUGAGAACGUGAGUCAUGCCGUCGAGGUUCUGCUUGAUCUCAUCAUGAAGCGCAUGGAGAGAUGUGUAGACAAAUCCUGGAUCCCUGACGGAACCGUUCGCACCAACGGCCACAGCGCCUGCGACCUCGCAGAGUCUCGGGACCAGGACCAGAGCAAGUGUGCCUGCUAAUAGCGUGUCAGUGAUGUCACUUCCUGUUAACAGUAACAACCUUCCGUGUUUUGACUCAGCGAUUCGGCUAUAAGAACAGCGAAGUCUCUCCGAUCUUUAUCAUUUUCUAUAAAUAAGUUUCAGAUCAGAGAAUCUACGACACAUUAAAGCAGGAUAGUCACAAUUGUUUUUCUCUCAGAACAAGUGGACAAAAGCCGCCAAGAUUGUCACCACAUUUUAGGGCCUUGAGUGCUUUUUACACCAAAUCCUUAUUCUAGAACCCGUAACGGAUCAGACUAGAUGUGUAUCGAGGGCCCUCUCCCUGUGUUUCACCAAGCACACACCAAUGUAGUGUUUAAUACUAGUCCUGGACUAAAUGCAUGCAGUAUAUAUGAGUGUAUAUUUCUCUGGGUCUGACACUGUUUGUAUAUCAUUUGUUGGAAAGUGAGAUUUGAGUUGAUUUGAAUGAAAAAACAAGAUCAAAUGACUUCUGAAAUAUGAAACGCUUGGUUUUUAUCACUUGUGAGAGGGUAGUAGGUGCUCAUCUCUUAAAGGAAUAGUUCACCCAAAAAUUACAAUUCUCUCAUCAUUUACUCACCCUCAUGCCAUCCAAGAUGUGUAUGACCUACUUUAUUCUGCAGAGCACAAACAAAGAUUUUUAGAAGAAUAUUUCAGCUCUGUAGGUCCAUUCAAUGCAAGUGAGGGGUGACCAAAACUUUGAAGCUCCAAAAAUCAUUUAAAGGCAGCAAAAAAGUAAUCCAUAAGACUCCAGUGGUUAAAUCCAUGUCUUCAGAAGUGAUAUGAUAGAUGUGGGUGAGAAAACCGAUCAAUAUUUAAAUCCUUUUUUACUAUAACUUCUCUCUGCUCAGUAGGUCAAAAUAUGAAAGGAGAAUAAGAAAGUGGAGAUUUAUAGUAAAAAAAUAUUGAUCUGCUUCUCACCCACACCUAUCAUAUUGCUUCUGAAGACAUGGAUUAAACCACUGGAGUUGUAUGGAUUAUGUGGUUUUUGGAGCUUCAAAGUUUUGGACCCUGUUAACUUGCACUGUAUGGACCCACAGAGCUGAAAUAUUCUUCAUAUGUGUUCUGCAGAAGAAAGAAAGUCAUACACAUCUGGGAUGGCUUGAGGGUGAGUAAAUGAUAGUUGGAGUCAUUAACUUUCAUUUUUGGGUGAACUAUUCCUUUAAUGUCACCUGUACCAAUUAAAUAUUUGUUUUUGUUUUUUUUUGUUAAAGGAACAGUUCACCCAAUAUUAAAAUUCUGUUAUUUUUGGGUGAACUAUUCUUGAAGAAUAAACAUGUAAACCCUGCCAGCUAUAAAAUGCCGUUUAGUUAGGGCGGAUUGUCCACCUCUUGUGGCCGGAUGAUGAAUAGCAGCUACUUCACUGCCACUUUUAAUGAAUCUAUUAAACACUUUUAAAUGCGUUACUAUGUUAUCUUUAUUCAUGUAAUGUCUCAGAUAAAUAAAAUGACUAUUAAGAUAUUAUCAUAUAUGUAUUUUGAUUAGUUGAUUAUAUUGUAUAUGUGUUUAGACAUUCACCGGUUGAUGGUUGUGGUACCUCUUUUUUGAUUAUCUUCCCUUUACUACUAUAGCAACUAAUCAUGGAAUUUUGAUUUGGAAUAUGGUUUUGCUGAAAUCUUGAAAGAAAAACCACAUACCUGAAUCCAUAUUGUAAAUUAUUAUUGUACGAAUGUUCACCAAGUUCAUACUUUAUUUCUCAAAAAAGGGGUUGCAACGUGCCAAUAGGGUUUUUUUCCAACUCAUCUUAUGUCUUAACAGUCCCUCAAUUUCAUAAGAGCAAAACAAAAUAAUGUACAUUUCAUUUUUCCUUGAAAUAUUCUGUGGACCUUUUUGGUUUAGUUUACAGAAAUGAUUCCAAAGUGCUUUACUUACUUGAGUGCCUGUAACACUGUAUCACUGCCAAACACUGUCUCUUUUGCCAAAUACUGAAACUCUAUUUGAAGAAAAAUAAAUAUAUUUUAUUUAUUCCA